GAAAGUCGUCUCCGCGAGCUCAUUGGAUCACGUGAGCGGAAAUACUCGAGCGGACUCUUAACUCUUUCACUCUUGCGUACUUCCCGAUGACGGAAGGCGUAUUGUCCAAUGUGAAGGCAGCGUGGUGGUGAGAAGGCGGGCCUUAAAGAAAGGUGGAGUUUGGCGCACUUGUUUGACUUCGGGGGAAAGACUUCUUUUUUGGUCAAAUAGAUUUGAAUGUCUCAUGUCUAGCAACUGAUAUCUGAUAAGAUUAUAUGUAAGUUCCUUGGAUAAAUAAGAAAGAGCCACAUCCACUGCCGAGUCCUAGAGAAUUCUUUAUAUCACAGAACGAAGCUAGCCACGGGAUACCAGUUGAAUAAGAUUGCAAAUUUUUGGUCCCCUCACCUUGGGCUUGGUGUGGGGGGACUUCCUGGCUUCUCUCUUUUGGCAUGAAGUGUGUCGUCACUGGGGGCAAUGUGAAAGUCCUGGGAAAAGCGGUACACUCACUCUCCCGCAUUGGAGAUGAAAUCUAUAUUGAGCCACUACAAGAAGGGCUGUCCUUGCGGGCAAUAAAUCCAUCGCACUCAGCUUAUGCCUGCUUCCUGUUCGCCCCGCUCUUCUUCCAGCAGUACCAGCCAGGAGAAUCUGGAUCCAACCCAGAUGUGGGUGCUUUCAGGUGCAAAGUGCACAUGAAGUCUUUUCUAUCUGUCUUCCGUUCACUUCCCUCCCUGGAGAAGACGGUGGAGAAAUGUCUGAUCUCACUGAAUGCCCGUGCUAGCCGCUUUCGUGUGCAGCUGCACUGCAAGUAUGGUGUUGUCAAGACCCAUGACUUGUCCUUCCAGGAGUGUGAAUCUCUACAGGCUGACUUUGACACAGCACAAUGUGCUCAUACUCUGCGUGCCUCUCCCAGACUCUUGGCAGACGCUGUAGUGCAUUUCCCACUGACACUGGCGGAGGUCAUCCUGAGUGCCAGCCCUGCAGGGAAAGUGAGCCUCCGCAGUUACCUGGAAGAAGAGACAGAACUGAGUCGGACGAUGGUGACAGAGCUGUGUUUGAGUGAGGAAGAAUUCCAGGCCUUUCACAUCAAGCAAGAGACCCAAAUCACCUUCUGCCUCAAGGAGUUCAGAGGUCUUUUGAGUUUUGCCGAGUCUUCAAAUCUUCCCCUUAAUAUCUAUUUUGACAUUCCUGGCAGGCCAGCUAUCUUCACUAUGGAGGAUCCUGUGCUCACAGUACACCUUGUUCUAGCCACGCUGGUCGAGCCAGAGAGCCCCAGUUCGCAGGUGACCAGCUGCACACCAAAGCCCCUGGCCCCUGCCCAUGACUUCACCACUGACGACAUUGAUGACUAUAUGAUAGCCAUGGAAACCACAUGCGGUGGCAUGGAAGGGGCAGGUUUGUCUCCCAGCCCCACCUUCCCUCUGAAGCUCACCAGUUCUGGUGCACAGGAGUCAGACAGUGAUCACGAGGGAAGCAUCCCGGGCACCCCACCACAAAAACGGUUUCGGUCUUUGUUCUUCGGAUCAGUCCUAAGCCAGUCACAGUCUGCAGUCCAGUCAUCUUCGAGCCAAGAGGUGCUGGCAGAGGACAGUGAAGGAGAAUCAUGAGAGACCUUCUAUCAACUACCAGCACACACCAGCCCCCCUCAACUCCUACAGCUUGCAAGGAAAGACAUUUCAAGCCAAGUUUCCUUUUGGCGGGUUAGGAGACUCAUCUUACUCCCACCAGCUAAUUUUCUUCUUGUUCCCCAAUCACUUAAACCAGCAACCUCUUCUUACAGAGUUUUUAAAAUUAAAUGAUCUCUCUCUCUCUCUCUCUCACACACACACACACACACAUACCUUCUGAACUUAAAUCACAGGGACACAGUACAUACGUGCAUAUAUCCAUACAAACACACUUUCUCUCCAUUUUUCCACAAGGCAUUUCACAUAUCUUUGAAAAGAGGAAUAAAUCUGUGUGGAAAUGGCUUGCUCUGAGUUUACAAUAACAUUCAUUGUGUAAUAGAUACGCUUCUAGCUGUUUUGGCUAUAAUGUGAACUGUAGCUGUGAUACGGAUGAACCUUUAAGCCUUUAAAUUGCAUCUUCUGGGGCAGAUUUUCCUCUUCUUCUUGCAUUUAGCCGACAUUACUGUUGAACCUAUCAUUUGUUAAAAAUUACUUGGGAGCUGGAACAGAAGCUGUCAGCUAGGUUACUAUUAGAGCUGCAUUACCAAGUAACGCUUUGGCAGUACUGUGGGAGGUAGCCAAGUACUCAACAUAAGCACUCCCACAAAAAAAAGUAAGAAAAGCACUUUUUGAGCUGUGCUGUCACUUUAGAACAAAUGCUUCUGCUCCUCUUCCAGGUGUAUCUGCCUACAGGAUAGAUGGGUAGAAGCCAGAUGCCCUGGUGCAGGUAGGAGUCAAAAAGGAAGGUACCCAGUUUGAAGGAGGGACAAGGGAACUCCACGCCUAGAAUCUGCUGGACUGCCAACUCCCAGAAGUCCAAGGGAGCAGGGUUAAUUAAUGUGAGAGCCACAGUCCAAAACUUCCAGGACAAAUUCCUGUGACCUCCAGUUAGAGGAGAAAGUGCCGUUUGCACACUUAACGUAGGCUGCCAGGAAGGAUGGAGGCCACAGCACAGAGAUGUUCCGGCCUCUGUAAAGUCAGCUGAGAGCCUCUGCUCCUCCCACUGACUGAGAGGCCAGCUCGGGUGCAGAUGGCACAGCAGGGAACUGCUUGGGCAUGAAAGUACCAAAUGCCUUCUUGCACAAGUCUCUGGAAACCAAACCAAGUCAUACAAUCAAGUGUUGCAGGAAAUCUUGACCUGGAGAGGGCCAAAAAGGUCUGCAGCCUGAUUUAACAGCAUCACCCCUGUACCUUAAAAUGCUAUUGGUUGCCCAAACCCAUCAGGGCUAUAAUCAUCUGUGGAUAAAAUAUGUAUCUUUGUUUACUUUUAGGAACUUAGUUUUGUCCUGCACUUUCCAACAGUGCUGGAUUACAGUGCCCAUCAACCCUGUCCCAAGUAUUGGAAAUGCUGUCCUCCUCCAUGUGCACCCAGCUCCCAGUGUCCCCACCUCUCUCUUUGUCUUAGCUCUGUGUGAUUGCCUUGACUCAGUACUGAAGCUAAUUCCUGCAAAUGGCAUUAGCAGGCACUGCUGUGCCGUGCCUUGGGAUUUACCUAGAGCUUAAGCAAGCAACAACAGAGCGAUUCACAUCAGGCAGGCAGGGCCAAGCAAUCCUUUAAAUAGCUUAUAACAUGGGGGAUUUUGUUAGGUAACCCUGCUUGGAGGACCACGUGCUAAGACAGAAUGGUAGCUUUUACCCCAGAUGCACUGGAAUAACCUCACUGUGAAGUGAUGUAUACAGUGCAUAUCUGGGGGGG